CACCACGUCGCUAAGAAGUGCUUCUUGGAAAGCCAUGUUGAAGCGCGUCUCCCUCACAGCUAGCUGUCCGCGUCUUCCAAACCCCGUCAGGUUCUACCAUUGAGUCCUGCGUUGCCGAUCGCCCCGUCACAUACGCACCCCCAUUGAACCCUCGAUUCCACAUCUCGACACGUGGGGCAUACCUAGCCGACAAUGUACGGCGAUCUAGGAAAUAAACUUGUCCAACAUGCCAAGAGGACCCAAAACCUAGCGCAUUUGCCUCCGUACCAAACCGAGAUCGUUCGUGCCGUUACACGAGAAGUCCGCGAUCUAGAUAAGGAUGUCGCAGACGUGUUGGAGCCGUUCCAAGGGUCAUUCGACCCGAGCUCGGAACCGGCCACGGCAUGUACGCUACUUGUGAACCACCUAUCAAUGCGGAGGAACAAGCGCUGUCUGCUCGCCUACCAUAGAACACGGACGGACAGGCUAGAGGAACUUGUCUGGAAGGGCUACGACGUAGUUGACCUGGCUGGCCAGCAGAUCAAGGAUGGCCUAGCAGGACCCGGCAAUUCAUCCGGCGCCGGAAUCAGCAACGGCGGCACCAGUAGCUUGAGCCCGCAAGAAGAGGACUACGUGCGUCAAUAUAGCGAUCUCUUGGCCGCCUACAAAGGCCAAUGGACAGACGUCGACCUGACAGGUAGUCUCGACCCCCCCCGAGACCUGUUUAUCGACGUACGGGUGCUGAAAGAUGCCGGAGAGAUUCAGACAGAAUACGGCUCCAUUACACUCACCAAAAACAGUCAGUUCUAUGUAAGACAAGGCGACGUCGAGCGGUUGAUAGCCCAAGGUUACCUCCAAAAGCUCGGUUGAACGGGCUAUUUGGAGAUAUAUCUACCUGCUUUAAACCCCCCUUUGGUAGGGAUACCUACCUCCGAUUUAGCUGCUGCCCAAGAUGGGGCCGGACAAGAGGCACUACAUGCCGUUGGUAUUUCCUAGUCGUACA